AUGCUCAUCGUCAUCUUUGUUUAUGCUUUACUAACAUAUUCUUUUGUAUGGACAGCAAGUAACUUUUACCCUGAUACACAGAACGUGACUUCAAUGAACUCCUACCUACAUCAAGCAGGCAGCCCAAGUAUGCUAUCAGGUGCUGCAAACAAAGGCAGAGCAGCCAGUAUCGUACAAGACACAGAGAGGGGCAUGACAAGUUUCGAAACAAAAUGCCUGAAAGUGGUGCUUGAGAAUAGGAUGCUCUUGAGAGAGCUCAACCAGAGAAUUGCUGCCCUUGAAACCACAUCAAGGUGUGGGGAACCCCUGCAGACUCCUGUGGUGCCGGAGCUGGAAGUUCUUCUUGAACAGCCAAUUUCGACACGCGAAGAGCUCUCACACGUUGAGGAUGUUCUGAGCGAAGCAUCAGCAAAAAUUGCCUUGACCAACCGGUUGGCACGUCUGGGAGGAGGCGACCUCAAAGAGGUCGUGAAAAUUGUGCUGGACCGCACCAUGAAGAACGAGGUACAGGCCCUGUUCAGCAUUGAAGGACGGAGAGGGAAAAGCGCACUCAAGACCUCUCCUCUGUUCAGUGUUAUUAUCAGUGAUGUCCAACAACGCUUGUCUGGGCUAAAACAGGAUGUCACCGACGCAGAGAUCCAGGCUCGUGUUGGCAAAUACCUGGCGGGGUCAUGCGAUCGAGAGGGCGGGCGUAAGAGGCGCAUGAAGGAUACUGAAUAA